ACUGCCUUUGGGAUAUUACUUCAGUUCCCUUUGGGUUCACAAGCAGGCAUGUUUCGCCAGCUGCUCAGGCUAUUUCGGAAGGAAAGUGUUGAUCAAGGAGAGACCGCACCAGGUCAGAGAGAAGCUGACCCCCUCUCUAGUGAAACAGGAAGGAGGAAAUCAUUCUGGGGAAGGCUUGGUUUUGGUAGGAAGGCAUCAUCCCAAAAUGUCAUCAGUAACCAAGAGGAGUGUCUAAAAGAACUGGAGGAACUCAAAUUUGAAAUCCAGAGGUGUCAAUUCGAGAGGGAUGAACUUUAUCAAAUCCUGGAUCUUUAUAUCUAUGAUGAGUGGGACCACAGGCUGCAUUUCGAAUUGCCAGCCCUUCAAUCUGAACAUGAGAUGAGAAUGAUGGCUAUGCAAAUGAUGACCAACUCAAUAAGUGAUGUCAUGGAGAGGUACAAGGAGCUCAUACAAGUGAACAGUUCCUACCGCAUCAGGCAAUCCCAGCUCCAACGUGAACAAGCUCAUUUGAAGAACAAUAUACAGAUUUUGCUGAAUGAGAAGAGAGAACUGCUGGUGGAGCAGACUGAACUGCCAGCAUCCUCUGUGGAGACAAAGAGGUUCUGUGAAGAAGCCGGAAUGAACAUCUGUGACCCCAGAGCCAAGCAACAGCAGGUAGGGUUAGGGCUCAGGGUCAGGUUGUCCUCAGGUCUUACCAUAACCAUAGACAAACCAAUGUAACUGUCUAUUGACUGAUCCAUGUCCUGUCCUAGGUCUCAUCCAAGUUUUCAUUCAUGUGAUGGUUUACAAGGCUUUCUGUGGAGAUAGCCCCUUUUCAAGAAACUGCAUGUUUGGAAAGCAAAUGCUCCUGCUCUUCGAGAAUCUGCACUUCAUUAAGGGAGAUAAGUUGAUCACACAGCACAGCACUACAUGCCAUUAUGUAUGUAGGGUGCUAUGUGGGAGCCCCUCUUUAGACUAGAACAGGGCUUUGAGGGAUGAAGCAAAAGCCCAGAGCCCAUUUUCUUUACAGGGAUCGUGUGAGACUCAGGAAGUAAGUAGUUUUCAAGGAGGAGAGCCUGGUGGAAAUGCCAAAGAAAUGGUUCUCAUUGUCAUUUGUGGUGGCUUUUGUUCUUCCUCCCCUCAUGUCCCUGUAUAUGAAGAUGGUGACUUCAUGCUUCAUAGAUCUUGGGUAACUACAGAGCCUAUGUAUCAGCAUGUCAGUCCUAUCUUAUUUGAGUGCUCCUGGAGAGUUCAUAACUGGGCCUUACAACCUGAAGCUGGUUAGAAGAGCAAGGAUGUGGAAAAGGUUUCUCAAAGGCUGACAGUUGGCAUGAGAGACUUGAGACUUCAAGAACAAAGUUAUCCGUAUGUACCCCCAAUUCUCACCAAGAAAGGUGCAUUGCUGUGCUGACCUGCAUCUUAGGGAGCAUGCGGGGAGGCCAGUUCAUGACAUGCAGUUUUGUCCAGUCAUUAUCUAACUUAGUCCUUUAAGCCCAGGUCUCUCAGCAAUCAUGAAGCUUCCUGUUUUGUGCUGGCCAGCAGUCUUUGCAUCAUUCGUCCAGUUCCAAGUGGAGCCCCCUCUCUUAUUUGUCUCAACACAUUCUUAAACCAUUCAGCUAUUUUAAAAAUAAGGAUUAGAUUUCUUCACUUUACCUGAACAGAGUUAUCCCCCGGGGAAGAUUCUGGAUUGUCUUAUUGGCUUCACCAUGAUAUUGCAUGGAAUCCUAGAGUGCAACCCUCUGCUGACAUUGCUUUGCUGACUGUAUCAUGGGCACUGCAUUCUUUCAGGAUAGAUUCCCUCUCAAUAUUGUACACAGUGCUGCAUUUCAGAAAAUUCACUGUAUGUUAUUUAUUUAGCCUUUUUCUGACUGACACUGAGGUUGUUUUAAUAUUACAGGAACUCUAAUGUGAUGAAAUGUUCCUGGUAACUGACCGUGAGUUACUGUCUUCUCUGAUGCUUCCAAAGUCUUCUAUGAAGGAAACAGGGUAGUUUUAGUGAGGGGCCUAUGAUGAGUCAGCAUAGAGCUCCAUGGAGUCUUUUCCUAGAAAUCUCUCUCUUGGGGAUUUGAUGUUGUGUUGUUUAGGCUAUCUGUGCAGAACAUGUAACUUACUUGUCAGACCAGCAAGUAUCUGCAUAGAAAGGUUUCCUGAAGUGGAAAUGAGUACAGGCCAGGGCAGCACAUCUUGCUUGAGUCUAAGAGACUUGUACACAGCAUUGUUCCCACUAAUUUCUCACUCAACAGGAAAUGUGCUGCAUAAGAGCAAAGUUUUCAUUUGUGCAUGGGAGUGUGUAUCUGUGUGUCUGUGUUUAUGUGUGUGUUUGUGUGUGUGUGUGUGUUGUGUGUGUGGGUAUAUGUGUGUGUGUGUGUGUGUGUGUGUUUGCAGUAGUGAACGUGUGUUUCCCUCUAUUUCCAAGUUUCAUGAGAAAAGUACUCUAAGCAUACACUUUACAUCCAUGAAACAUGAAAUAGAGCUGCCCAGUCAUUUGGCAUCUCCAUAUAGCUCUGUACAGCAAAAGGACACUUAAGGUAUUAAUUUAUUCUGUUUUCAAAAAUUUCAGAACAGAAUUAUCUUGUGAAGUCUGGGGGAGGAGUGGAAAUAUGUUCAAGUGAGUCGUGUUUCACAGGGGUAACAAAUGGUACAGGCCUAGAGCUUGCAGGUCCCUUUUUGUUAUGGUGUAGAAGCAGGACAAUAAAAUCCUUUAGAAAUGCAACCCCCAAAUAGAGGACACAAAAACACGUGUAAAGUUAGAUUUUCAAGUGAUUAGGGGCAAAACUACUGAUCUGCUUUGAAAUCCUUUGGAGCACAUCAAAGGAAUGGAGUACAGGGAGGUAAGGGGGGGCUGCUUUAAAAAAUGCGUUGAUUUAUGAUCCUUCUCUCUUCUUUGUGAAUUGUGAAAGCCCACUGGAAGGUUGUGUCACUCACUGUGUCUUCUCCAAGGUUGCUUUCCACAUUGCCUGCUACCAUUUCUUUUGAGCUACCUUGGCAACUACAGCUCCCGCUGGGAGUUUGGCUUGGAUUUUAUUCAUUGAGAAUUUGAGUUGCUUGGAAUUGUAUCGUCAUCCAGAAAAAGUCCCAUGGCUAUGCUGUGGUGCAAGAACAGGGCAGUUUCAGGAACCCCUUUAGGUGCACAGAUAAUCCAAAGCGCUCCUCUAUGUUAUCUGUGUAGCAUUCUGCAAGUGCUGUCAAUCAACAUCAUUUUCUCUCAGUUAAUUUCAGCCUCAAUGGGUUAGGAGAAAUGAUGAGCUUCAAAUGGGUCUGACAGUGUAAGAACAGGUAGCCCUAUGAGAAGCCAUGUUCAGAAAGUGGAACAGAAGUUUUAGUUAACCCAGUGAUUCCACAACAAGGAGUAGGUAUUGCCAUUGCAACUAGGGAGCAUCAAUGUUGUAGUGGUCCCAGAGUAACCUUGAAGGAGAAUCUAUCCAGACGUCCAUCAGCCAAGGAGUAAAAGUGUACCAUACGAUGGAGCCCUUCCAUAGAUUCUGAUUCAGUGUGAGAUAAUCCAUGCAAGCUUUUACUUACUUAUUCAAAUUAUCUGUGGAGCAAUCACAUUACGGGGAGAAAAUUUGUUGAAUUGGAUCCUGGUUAUGGAGAUUUCCUGUGAUUCUAGCUUUGGGCAUGAAGUCACUCAGGCUAUGGUAAAGACAGCUCAGAUUAGAAGAAGUUGCACACUUUGGGGAAAGUCUGAAAGAGUGAACAAGAACAAGAGUCUAGUCCACCACCAAUAUAUGAUCCUUUGCUGAGCAACAAGACAGCUCUACACAGCCUUUGGGACUUGCUAAGCCAGAUUGUUAAUGGGGAAAGAACCCUGAGUCUAUGACGGUUUAUGGGAGGACAGCACAUCACUGACUGAGCUGUCUAUAGGCUCUGGCCACUAUGUACAUAUCCCACUCAACAUUUGUUUUUAUGCCUCCAGUGAAUCCUGGGGAAUCUUUACAUUAAGCAUUAAUAUUCAGGUAGGAACAUAGGCUGGAAGAAGCCAUUUGAAUAUCCUUCCCUAUAAAAAUACCCUUUUUGGGUGGAUGACCACCCCACCUGGAUUUCAGCCUCAGGCAGUUAAAGAGCUACUCAGAGUAUUGUUCUGGUACAGUUCAUGUGAACUUUGCCCAUGAAACAAUAUAUAUGAUCCUCUGGAUUUCUUGCUAUGUUCUACUCCUUUCUUCCUGUGAUCUCUCCGGAAAGAUCUGAGGACAUUUUCUCUUCUGUCCUCUCACAAAUUGCCUUACACUAGCAUAGACUUACAGGGGUGCUGUUCUGUUUCUACAUCACAAUCACCUUUAAUGUCCAUGUGUACGCUGGGAAGAUUUGCAUGGAGCACAUUCUCAGUGAUUACAGGAUCUGUGCAGUGAGCAUGAAUUUGAAGUGUGGUGGCUUCUCUGUGUAUUUGCAGAUACAGUGCUUACAAAUGGAAACUAGACGGGUUCCUUCAGUGCUAACAUAAUCAGAAAUUUCACCUCAAUUCUGGGCAUGUUCUCCAGAAGGAAUCCACAUGGUAUUCUUGGUUGCUCAUACCUCUCUUGAACUCAGAUUCAGACAUAGCUACAAUGUUAUUAUUCCAUGUCAUAUACCUGGACCAGUGAGAAAAAAUGCUCACUUUUCUCUUAAUCCCAGUACAGUGCAUAGUCCACAGUUCAAACUCUAGCAGUUUGAAAGGUGAGAUAUAAAUCCAAGCGCAGGUACUCUAGGACACUUGGGGAUGCAGGGACUGACCUCAGCUGACAGGUCAUGCUGGAUUGUCCAACUGAAUAGAGCUGAUGUAAGGGGGAGAGCUGAAUUGACAACCACUCACUAAACCUUUUUUCCCUUGCUCUGUUAGGUCUGAAAUUCUCCAGCAGAAACUCGAACAUGACACAGUCCAGGACAAGAUCACCAUUGGAGAGAAGAACUACAGGAGGAGAACUAAGUGUGCACAGCAAAUACACCACUAUUGUACCUCAUCUGUAAUGUCCAUAGCAAUUGUGGACUGCAUUUUCCUCCUUUAGUUUGAUUUCUUUGGAUUGAAUACACUGUAUUUUCACCUCGCCUCUCUCCAGCAAGUGUACAGUUUUUGAGGGACUUAGAGAAUUGCUGAUGCACAUCAAUCAAGAGCUGCUGGUCAUCCAGAAAGACUGUGCACGUGUAAAUUUGUACUUGUCCUGAUGGGUCAUCCAGAAGAGUUUCAUGGAGAUCAGUUCACAAUAUUGGAAAGACUAUGAAGCAAAGUCUUUAAUAUCAUUUAUACUCAGUAUUGGUAGGCUUUUUCCUUAAUACCCCCACUCCAACAAAACAGACCUACUUCCACUCCUCUUGAAAAGAUUAUUACCAUCACUAACUGCUUGUCUACUAUGUCUCCAAGGCAAGCCACAGGCUAUAAGUCUAUUCUGCAAAAGGAGCAGCAAAAAAUGCUUAGUGCAAUUCCUAUAUUUAAAGUUUGGUUAAUUUUUAAUUGUUUUGGUUAUUUGGUUUUCCUUCUAUUCAUUUGAAGAUUUGUUAUUUAUCUGUUGUUGUUUGUUCAUUUGCUUUUCUAUUUUGAUAAGGAUAUAGACUGUACAUAUUGACUACCUGCAUCUGGUUACUAUCAAGUAAAUUGGAUGUAUUCUGGUCAAUAAAGGAGUAAUCUCAAACUCUUCACUCUUAAGAACCUUCUUUAUUGAUCAUUAGUGUCAACAUCUGAAGUCCCACAGCUAUCAGGGAGGGAUCGAUCUCUGCUUUCUCAUGGGGACUGGGCAUCAAAUCACUUCCCAGUCAGACUGAGAUUCACAGGCAUUUAUACAGUGACUGUGCACUGUGUUUCCAACUCUGAAUUUCAACUUCAUCAUGCAUACAUUACCCACUGUGUAUGCUUGCUGUCAAAUAUAUAGUUACCUCUAAAUUAUACUCUGUCGAUGAGAGUUUUGACCAAAUUAAUAGGAUAAACAUUAAUUUUUCUGUAGUACCUCCCAGGACAUAUAAACAUGGUAUAAGGGAGUUUAAAGCCAUCGGGAAUCCUGCACCCAAAUCCCAGGGCAGAAAAUGCCAGACACCCAGGAAUGCAGAUAAUCCUGAGACCACAGGAGAGAAAGCCACUUCUGACCAGCUCUGCCCACAUCUCUGGCCCAAUAUUAAUCUGCAUGAUGCCUCUGGAAAGAGGAAUAGAGGAGCAGUCAGUGGCAGG